AUGUCUGUAUUUCUCAGUAACUUAUCAACAAAUGACUCUAGCCUGUGGAAAGAAAAUCAUAAUUCGACAGAUCUUUUAAAUCCGCCAGGAACCGUGAAUAUCUAUCUUUUUUGCCUGACAUGCUUAAUGACUGUCGCAGCCCUGGCAGGCAGCAUUUAUUCACUAGUUUCCCUCAUGAAAACGCGGAACAGAACUGUUGUGUCCAUGCUUGUGGCGUCCUGGUCUGGGGAUGAUCUCAUGAGCGUCUUGUCCGUGACCAUCUUCAUGUUUUUGCAGUGGCCAAAUGAGGUCUCUGACUACUUCCAGGCUCUGUGCACCACCUCUGCCUUACUAUAUUUAUGCCAGGGCCUCUCGAGCAACUUGAAGGCGACUCUCUUAGUCUCCUACAACUUUUACACGAUGCGCAGGGCUGUGGGGAGCCAGGCAGCCUCCAGGAGAUCCGGCCAGGUGCUCGGCGUGGCGCUGACGGUGUGGGCAGCCAGCCUGCUGCUCUCGGCGCUUCCUCUGUGCGGCUGGGGCGCCUUUGUACGCACGCCUUGGGGCUGCCUGGCCGACUGCUCCAGCUCCUACGUGCUGCUGCUUUUCGCUGUGUACACUUCGGCCUUCGGACUCCUCGCCGGCCUCUCGGUCCCCCUCACUCACCAGCUGCUGUGUUCGGAGGAGCCGCCAAGACUCCACGCCAACUACCAGGAAAUUUCCCGCGGAGCUUCCACUCCAGGGACCCCUUCAACGGGGGGGAGAGUGCUUUCCCUGUCCCCAGAUGAUGCCCCGGGCCCGGCCCUGCGGUGCUCUGGAGGAUGCUCCCCGAGCUCGUACACCGUGUUUGGACCGGGUCUGCCCGCGAGGGCAGGGCUGGGGCUGGGGCAGGGGCCGGGGCGCGGUGCUACCGCUGUGGCUGGAGCCUGCAGGCGUGAGGACCGGGGGACUCUCUAUGGCACCAGGAGCUUCACCGUGAGCGUAGCGCAGAAGCGCUUUUCUUUGAUGUUAGCGAUGACAAAAGUCACCCUUUGGCUGCCCAUGAUGAUCCACAUGGUGGUCCAGCACGUCGUGGGCUCUCAGAGCCUUCCCUUUGAGACGCUCAGCUUUCUGCUAACCCUCCUGGCCACCACUGUAACUCCAGUGUUUGUCUUGUCCAAACACUGGACACGCUUGCCCUGUGGCUGCAUCAUCAACUGCAAGCAGAACACAUAUGCAGUGACGUCUGAUGGGAAAAAACCCAAGAGGAGAUGCUUUGAAUUCAAUCUAUCAUUUCAACGAAGUUAUGGAAUUUAUAAAAUAGCACAUGAAGAUUACUAUGAUGAUGAUGAAAAUUCAAUAUCCUAUCACAAUCUCAUGAACUAUGAGUGCAAAACUACAAAAAACUCUCAGAGAGACUCUCAUAAUAUAUUCAAUGCCAUAAAGGUGGAAAUCAGCACCACACCCUCUCUGGACAGCUCCACACUAAAAGGCAUCAACAAAUGCACGAACACUGAUAUUAUAGAUGCUAAACAGGAUUCCCACAAUGAAAAAGGUGUUGAUCCACUGCUCUCUGAAAAAACAGAAGGUGAUAUUAAAUAUGACGAAACCACCCUUUUGGAAGGGCCAGAAAGAAGACUUUCUCAUGAGGAGAGUCAGAAACCAGACCUUUCAGACUGGGAAUGGUGUAGGAGUAAAUCAGAAAGAACCCCUCGUCAGCGUUCCGGUGGCGCCCUGGCCAUUCCCCUGUGUGCAUUCCAGGGGACCGUGUCUCUCCAAGCCCCAACCGGGAAAACCCUGUCUCUUUCUACCUAUGAGGUGAGCACAGAAGGACAAAAAAUAACCCCAGCCUCUAAGAAAAUAGAAGUCUAUCGAUCCAAAAGUGUUGGCCAUGAACCAAACUCAGAAGAUUCUCCCUCCACAUUUGCGGACACCAGCGUGAAAAUACACUUGGAGGUUCUUGAAAUUUGUGAUAAUGAAGAGGCCUUGGACACGGUGUCAAUUAUUAGCAACAUCAGCCAGUCCUCCACACAGGUCAGAUCUCCUUCCCUACGCUACUCAAGGAAAGAAAACAGAUUUGUUUCGUGUGAUUUAGGGGAAACAGCCUCAUAUUCUCUCUUUUUACCCACAAGUAAUCCUGAUGGUGAUAUCAACAUCUCCAUUCCAGACACUGUUGAAGCACACAGGCAGAACAGUAAAAGGCAGAGCCAAGAGAGGGAUGGCUACCAGGAGGAAAUCCAGCUGUUAAAUAAAGCUUAUAGGAAAAGAGAAGAAGAAAGCAAGGAUAACUAG